AUGAUGAAACAAUCUUUCUUCUCUUUUUCACUUCUCCUCUUUCUCCUUCUUUGCACCUCAACCCAAGCCCAGCGGCUGGCUUCUGCCCCGGCUGCACCGACUCCACCAACCGCUCCUACCAUAGCUCCAACUCCACCCAGUCCAAUGACCCCAAUUGUAACCAUAAAUCCACCCCCUAUUGGAGCUCCAAUUCCAUCUGGCCCGACUAAUGUCACCAAAAUCCUUGAAAAAGCAGGCCGCUUUUCUCUCUUUAUUCGCCUCCUUAAAUCCACCACUGUCAUUAACCAAAUCGAGCAUCAAAUCAACAGCACCAACGGUCGCCUCACCAUCUUUGCACCGACUGACGGUGCGUUUUCUAGUCUCAGUUCAGGCACUCUCAACUCCCUCACCGACCCACAGAAGGAGUCGUUGAUUCAGUUUCAUGUAAUCUCUUCAUAUAUCUCGUUACCCCAGUUUCAAACUGUGAGUAAUCCAUUGAGAACAAAUGCGGGAGAUAACAGUAGAUACAGAUAUCAACUUAAUGCCACCGCUUAUCCCAAUUCAGUGAAUAUAUCAACAGGUCUUACUAACACAAGUGUAUCUGCUAUCGUAUACUCUGAUGGCCAGCUCGCCAUUUACCAAGUUGAUAAGGUCCUUCUUCCUUGGGAAAUUUUUGGAGCUAAACCUCCAGCAACUGCUCUGGCACCGGCACCUGAAAAACCCAAGAAGGAGAAGCCUCCGGCUGUUGCAUUUAGUCCUGAUGAUAGUCAAACAGAUGCCGCCGAUGCCUCUGGCGCAGUGAGUCUCAUAAUGACCAUGCAGAAUGUGGUAUUGUUUAAGGUUGCUAUAGUUGCCCCGGUGAUUAUUUUUUAUCUAAUUUAAUACAACAAGAUGGGUUAUUGAUUGGGACAGUUUGCCGGAUUGAACGAUGGUGAUAAAACUCUUCUUUUCUUCCAAUAAUGCACAGACUUGCAGAAUUCAUGCUUGUGUUUACAAACAUUAAUUUUACAUUACUCUGUUAUCAGGGGAAAAAUCCUAGUGCUUCCAGUUUUUCCUGCCAAUUUUUCAGAAAUAUGUAAGAAAUUAUAUGAAAGAACUCUGGUCUGGUGUUUUAUGUGCUUUUAUUUUGGAA